AUGAAAAGAAAAUUGAAAGAUAAAAGAGAUCAAGAAACAAAAAAAUUACACGGUAGUUUGGAUAAAUUUACAUUUAGUACUAAUUUAUCGACUAGUGUACCAUUGCCAGAAACAGACGUUACUGAAAUAUAUACCAACGAAAAUGAAAUUACUAAAAUUGAAAAAUCUGUUGAAGUCUGUGGUAUUACUAGUACUAAUUUAUCUACUAGCGCACAAUCGCAAGAAAUAGACGUUACUGAAAAGUAUACCAACGAAAAUGAAAUUACUAAAAUUGAAAUAUCUGUUGAAGUCUGUGGUAUUACUAGUGCUAAUAAUUCCGAUGAAAAAUGUGCCAUUAAUAAUACUAAUGUGACUGUUACAACUGAGGGUUUUAGUGAUUGGCAACAUACUAAAGAACGACUUAGAGAAUAUGAAAAUUCAUUUAUCCAUAGAAAAGCCAUUUGUGAUUUUUCAAACCGCUCUAUAGAUAUUAAACGUAUUGAUUGUCAACUAGUUUUACAAUACAAAAAAGAUGUUCAGUACUGGAGGGACGUUUUAAAACGAACAGUAGCAGCUGUUCAAUUUUUAGCUCAACGAGGAUUAGCAUUCUUUGGAGAAAAUGAAAUUAUAGGAAAUGGGCAUAAUGGAAAUUUUUUGGGUAUAAUGGAGUUAAUAGCAAAGUUUGAUCCAUUUUUAAAAGAACACCUCAAUAAUUAUGGGAACGUUGGUAGUGAAAUAAAAAAUUCAACAUAUUUUGGAAUGAUUGUUGAUUCUACACCUGAUAUCACUCACAUUGAUCAAUUAGCUAUUGUAUUGCGAUACGUUAAUUGUGAUGGACAACCAGUUGAACGUUUUGUAAAAUUCCAAGAUAUUUAUGGGUAUACGGCUGAGUAUUUAACCAUUACUAUAGUUGAAAUAAUUAAGAAAUUUGGUAUAGAUAUUAAAAACUGUGUUGGACAGUCAUAUGACAAUGCCAGUAAUAUGGCCGGAAAGUACUCAGGAUUACAAACAAGAAUAAGAACACUAGCUCCCUUAGCAAUAUUUUUACCUUGUGCGGCACACUCGUUAAACCUGGUCGGUGUUCAUGCAGUUGAAAAUUGUAACGGUGCAGUUGAAUAUUUUAGUAUAAUUCAAUUUGUUUAUAACUUUUUUUUGUCUUCAACUCAUCGUUGGAAACUUUUAUAUCAACAUCUAGAAUGUAAUGAAACGCUAACUAUUAAAUCGUCUUCACAAACACGGUUGUCCGCAAAUGCUGAUGCAACUAAAGCAUUACAACAAAAUUAUGCUUAUAUUUUAUCUAUUUUGUUAGAAAUAUCUCAAGAUAACAAUGAAAACGGCAAUACUCAGUUUGAUGCAAUGAACAUUUUGAAAACAUUGAAAAAAAGGGAAACCGCUAUAUUAACUAUAGUAUGGGAUGUUAUAUUACAACGAAUAAAUAUAACUUCGAAAAGUCUCCAGAGUUCAACAGAAAAUUUGUUUUCAAUAGUGCCCUUAUAUAACUCCUUAACAGAUUUCAUACAGUAUGUUCGAGAAUACUUUGGUGAUUAUGAAAGCAAAUCUAUAGAACUUUUAAAUAAGGAUAUUUAA